AUGUACUUUAAUUUAUCGCUCGUUUGCAUGCUCCUCUGUUCUGUUCCAGCCCUAUCGCAUCCAACUAGUCAGGACGAAACGAUACUUUCAAAGCGCGCCCUCGGGUCGAAACUACACAGACUUCCAUUUAUGAUAGGCGGGAAUAAACAGCAGUAUAUUUGUAAAGAUGCGAAGUUCGAAUACAACGAAAUAAUAAAAUAUGCUUUAGCUAAUUGUCCUGGCACGCGCUAUAGUCUUCAUACCUCUUUGUCUGAUCUAUCAAUACACGCUUACAUAAAAGGGCUUCAUGGGAGAACCGGCACCUACCGCGUCAGAGUGAAGAGAAAAUUGGGUGUCUGUAAGAUUAAAAAGGUCUUUAAGUUAGAAAAUAAUCAAGAAAUACCUUGCACUCUAACAGUUACAUAA